AUGAUUAAUUCCCCUGAAGAGAGUCUAGUUCAAGCAGAACAAACCAAAUUCAGUGCUAAUCAAUUACUAGAAAUGGCUGAUAGCAUUUGUGAAAAAAUGCAUCUGGAAAAAUCAGAUUUGUCUGCCUCUUAUUCUAAUAUGGAUGUGGGAAUUGCUAUAGCAAAAGCAGCAAAAGGAAGCAAAAAUACAAACAAUUUUAGUUCCUUUGGUAGCAAAACUAGCAGCCAUAUCUUACAACGGAUCAACAGUCAAGUGCUUGCUGCUACAGUCCCAGGAGUACACUUCACCAAUUUAAAGGAUCCUGUUACAAUGAGAUUCUUUCAUCUCUCAAAGAAUGCAACAAACCCACAAUGUGUAUUUUGGCAAGACUCACCAUCAACAGUUCCUCACUGGUCAACUGAAGGCUGUAGUGUCCUUUAUAAUGUUCCUGGAAAGCUAACAGUUUGUGAGUGCAUCCAUCUCACUAACUUUGCAUUGUUAAUGGAUAUUUACAAUAGCGGAGAUCCAGUGGACCCAAAGCAUAGUAAAGCUUUGUCUAUGCUUUCAUUUAUUGGGUGUGGUAUCUCAUUUGUUGCCCUUCUCAUCACUAUAGUCACUUACCUGGGAUUCAGGAAACUUCGAUCUGGUGCUGUCUCUCAUAUACUAAUCAGUUUGUGUAUGGCCCUGGCAGCAUCAAAUCUGAUUUUUGUGGUGGGAAUGCAACCUUAUACACUAUCUGAAAUUGUGGCAUGUAAGGUUGUAGCUGUUCUUCUUCACUAUACACUCUUGGCAUCCAUGAUGUGGAUGGCCAUUGAAGCUGUCCAUAUUUAUUUGGCAAUGGUUGUUGUCUUCAGAACUUACCUCUCUCACUUCAUCAUUCGAUGUUCAGUCUUUGCCUGGGAUGUUGGUUGUCACAGUCUGCUUUCUAUGCAUCAUUCUUAUUUCCCAUUUCUGUUGUCCUUCUUUUCAAUGUCUCCAUCUUCUGCAUCAUCAUUUGGCGCCUCCUGGCUAUACAGAAGAUCAAAAAACAUGAACACAACAGGAAAAAGAUUCGCCUCAUUGGAAUUAUAG